GAAAGGCAAAGCAGGGGCGGGAGGAAUCUCGUUUCCCCUUCCGGCUGAUGGUUCCCUUCGGGUCUGCUCUACCGGCUCUUAUCAGUAUGGGGGCGACGAGGAAAGAGCGGUCGGGCUUGUGGUGGGCAACAGCAUUUGCUGCCUUUAUACUUGCCAUAGAUGCAUCAUUUGUAGAAGACUUAGAUGAAUCGUUUAAAGAGAAACGUAAAGAUGACAUUUGGCUUGUUGAUUUCUAUGCACCUUGGUGCGGCCAUUGCAAGAAAUUGGAGCCAGUGUGGAAUGAAGUUGGUAAAGAGAUGGGAAGCAUUGGGUCUCCAGUAAAGGUUGGCAAGAUGGAUGCAACUUCUUAUUCUAGUAUUGCUUCUGAAUUUGGAGUUCGAGGCUAUCCAACAAUUAAACUGUUGAAGGGUGACUUGGCAUACAAUUAUAGAGGACCAAGAACCAAAGAUGAUAUUGUUGAGUUUGCAAAUAGAGUUGCAGGGCCUAUUAUUCGAAAUCUCCCUAGCCAACAUAUGUUUGAGCAUGUUCAAAAAAGACAUCGCAUAUUUUUUCUGUAUAUUGGUGGGGAAUCUCCAUUAAAGGAAAGAUACAUAGAAGUUGCUUCCGAACUAAUUGUUUAUACAUACUUUUUUUCUGCCUCAGAAGAGAUACUUCCCGAGCAUAUAACACUUCCUGAGAUGCCCGCUGUUCUAGUCUUAAAAGAUGGAACUUAUUUUGUGUAUGAUGAGUACGUAGAUGGUGAUUUGUCAGCCUGGAUAAAUAGGGAAAGAUUUCAAGGAUACCUUAAUAUAGAUGGAUUUACACUCUAUGAGCUUGGAGACACAGGAAAGCUUGUGGCUAUUGCAGUUAUUGAUGAUAAAAACGCUUCUGCAGAUCAUGCAAGGUUAAAGUCUAUUGUUCAAGAUGUGGCUAAAAAUUACAGGGACCAGUUUCAUAGAAACUUCCAGUUUGGCUAUAUGGAUGGAAAUGAAUACAUUAAUAGUUUACUAAUGGAUGAUUUGAUAAUCCCCACUAUUGUUGUCCUGAAUACAUCCAAUCAACAAUAUUUCCUACCUCAUAAACCAGUAGAGAGCACUGAAGAUCUGGUCCAGUUCAUUAAUAAUAUUUUGGAAGGCAUAGCUGAAGCAUAUGGUGGAGAUGGAAUUCUUCAACGAAUCAAGAGAAUAAUUUAUGAUGCCAAGUCUACAGUGGGAUCCGUUUUCAAGAGUUCGCCACUUCUUGGUUGCUUUCUCUUUGGUCUACCACUGGGUGUCAUCAGCAUCAUGUGUUACGGGAUUUGCACUGCUGACUCGGGAGGAUCAGAUGAAGCUGAGGCAUCUAAGAAGGAAUCCACAAGCAGGGAUCUAACUGAUGAAGGCACUGAAGAGGAAGCAGAGGAGGAAAGCAGUGAAAGUCCUGUAGAAUUUCCAGAGAGAGAGCAAGAACAGAAAACUAUAUUGGAAAAAAAGAGAGACUAAGCUGUUAAUGUUUUUUUUUUCUGUAGAAUUUCCAAAUAGAGACUUAUUUAUUGAAUUCAAUUAUACCUGUGAUCUUCAGAGAUAAGAACUUUUUUCAUUCAUUUGUGUUAUGUGCAUGCAUUCAAGUUGCUUAACUGUGAAGAAGAAUGGGGUUGGAGUUGGGGUGUUGAGGUCUCUUAUUGUCUCUGUUCUUCAUAAAAAGGAAAUUCAAGAGAGUAGGUGGGUUAUUUUAUAUAAUGAAUUCUGAGUUGGGUGAAAAAAACCCUCUUAUUUCUUUUUUGGAUACUGAUAUGUACAUUUAAAAACAAUUUUUCCAUUAUGGCCAAAACCAACCAACAUACCUACCUUCCUUCCUUCCUUCCUUCCCCUGCAAUAAAACCUAUAACUACUGA